UUUAUUGCCUCCUGACUGCUCAGCUGAACCAAACCAAGAAGUGAAUGAUUCUGUCCAUCAUGGGGAUAGACGAGAAAAAGUUUUGUUUCUGUGCACAGAUUUUGAUGUUAAUCCUGUUAGCAUGCACUUCCUCAGUUCAGUCCGAAUCCCUGUUUUGCCCUACAUCUUCCCCCUCACCCCAAACACCGACUUCUGUUCAUUUUCUGAGGCCUGCUGAUGUGUCUGUGAUAUCUGCUUUUGUUUUGUCUGAUGGGGAAAGAUCUGAUGAAAUUAAUGCCUUGAACAUGCUGUCAGAAAUUUUCCUCACCUUUAACCCUGAUGUGUUGUCUUUUGUACCUGAGCAGAGGAGCAUCAUGGAUCAAGCGGAGAGCAUCACACAGUCCCUCAGCUCCACUCAGUGGAAGCUGCUUUUGUUUUUUGUACCGGUUGAUGAGCCGUGUGCAUGUGAAGGCCAGGACGUCAGUGCAACUCUCAAUGAAACUCUGAUCCGAGUGGAGCAUGAACUAAGCAACCUUCACCAGCAGUUGACACACACACUCGUUCAUGUUGUCGUUUGGGGUCGACUGCCAACUUCAAAUUCUCCUAGCCGAGUUUGUCAGUGCCAGUGUAAGGAGGAAUACAGUACAAGCAGACGCAGACUGAACACACUGAUCCUCAUGGGUUCAGUGCAGGAAUAUCUCAGUGCUGUUUUAAAGUUCCAUGGUUGGUUUAGCGAACUGGAAGAUUUCAGUGUGAUGCUUCAAUCCACCCCAGUGCAUACUGAUCUGUCAACUUCAAUGAAAGCCGCUACACCUGUCUACUCACACGACGUCAGCAAACAGGCUUUACAACUGUGGCUAAAUUUGUUGCAGCCAGUGACAAGCAAGACUGAGAUGGAGGGGAGGGGCUACAUUCCAUGCCCUGCGGAGGAAAAGCCGUACUUGCGAACCCAACAAAACUCACCUGAACUAAAAACAGAUCUCCCCAUUCUAGACACGGUGAUGGGGACUGAGCUCCCCUGUAAGGACCGAUCUCCGUCUCCCACUGUCCCCACCUCAGUUCACUACCUGAGGCCAGCGGAUAUCAAAGUGGUGGCAGCGAUGGGAGAUUCAUUGAUCGCAGGUAAUGGGGUGGGUGCAGCAGAAAACGAUCUGCUGGGUGUGAUCACAGGUUACCGUGGCCUAUCGUUUAGCAUCGGUGGGGACAAGACCUUAUCAUCUGUGACAACUUUACCAAAUAUUUUGAAAGAGUUUAACCCUUUGCUUGUGGGCUAUUCACUGGGAGAAGGAGAUGAGAAUUCUGAACAAAGUUUUUUGAACCAAGCGGUAAAUGAAGCCGAUUCUGAUGAUCUGGUCAAUCAAGCUCAUGCUGUCAUUUCAAGAAUGAAAUCCGACUCCCGUAUUGAUUUCCAGAACGAUUGGAAGGUUAUCACGGUCUCUCUUGGAUCAGGGGAUAUGUGUGACUUCUGCUCUGAUACUGUAUAUUAUUCUCCUGAUAACCUUGGAAAGCGUCUACGUGAAGCGCUGGACAUAUUACACAGUGAGGUACCUCGUGCACUGGUCAAUCUGGUGGAGCUUCAAAACAUGAUUCCACUGCGUCACCUGCAUCAGGACCCCAGCAUCGGCUGUCCCACCUGGCUGUCCAAGAUGCUGUGCCCAUGUGUGCUUGAACCUGAAGAUGGGUCUCAUGAAUUCCAGAGGUUGGAGGAUUUCAAUAAAGCCUAUAAGCGUGCUAUGGUGCAGCUGGUUGAGUCGGGACGAUAUGAUACGCAUGAGAACUUCACCGUGGUUUUGCAGCCAUUCUUCAGAGAUGUGCCUCUCCCUUUGCUGGCGGAUGGAAGGCCUGACCGUUCCGAUUUCUCUCCGGACUGUUUUCAUCUCGGUCAAAAAGCUCACACUUUAAUGGCACAAGCUCUCUGGAACAACAUGCUGCAGCCCUUGGGUAAUAAAACCAUUUAUACACCUGAUGUCCCUUUGAUGUGCCCUGAUGAGUCCAUCCCCUUUUUAAGGACUUAUCUCAAUAGUUAUUACACAUACGAAACCCCGCCUCCCACUCCGUCACCGUCCACUAACUGGGGAAGUGAUUUCUACUGUGAGGACACAGCACCCUCUGAAAGUGUGCCAACAUCAGUUCACAGACUGCGCCCAGGUGACAUUAAAGUAGUCGCAGCUUUGGGAGAUUCAAUCACUGUCGGCUUAGGUGCAAAGGCUAAAAACCUUGUGCAGUUAUUCAGUGAGGAGCGAGGGGUUUCCUGGAGCAUUGGUGGAGAUGAAACAUUGGAAAUGGUUACCACAUUGCCAAACAUCCUUAAGAAGUUCAAUCCAAAUGUUUUCGGCUUCUCAAAGGGAACAAAUGAGCAAACAAAAGGCUUCAAUAUGGCAGUGUCAGGAGCCCAAGCACGCAACAUACCAGAGCAAGUGAAGGAUCUCAUCACAGCUUUAAGCAGUAGUGAUAAAGUGAACUUUGAAGAGGAUUGGAAGCUGGUGACACUGUUUAUUGGGGCAAAUGACCUUUGCCUGCACUGUCAUGACCCGGAUUCUCUGUCUCCUCAGAAGUACAUUGGUCACAUCACUGAAAGUCUAGACAUGUUAUACAAUGAGGUUCCUAGAGUGCUGGUUAAUCUUGUGGAAAUCCCUGAGCUGAAGGAUGUUCGUUUGAUUAACGGAGACACAUUGGGAUGCAGCCUCGUGCACGAGAGCAUGUGUCCAUGUUUUCUGGACCCGGAAGAGAAGUCUCCAGAACUGCGAGAAAUUAAGAAAAUCAACAGGGACUUCCAGAUGGAGACUGAAAGGCUGGUGUAUGGGGGUCGGUAUGAUGGACGAGAGGACUUUGCAGUGGUGUUGCAGCCCUUCUCCAAAAACAGUGUUGCAGUGACUGAGGAUGGCACACCUGACCUAAACCUCUUCUCUGUGGACUGUGCUCAUUUCUCUGAACGUGCACAUGCUGAAAUUGCCAUUGGACUCUGGAACAACAUGUUGGAGCCUGAGGGAAGUAAACUAACCUCCCUUAAUUACACACACGACCGCAGUAAGAUCCAUUGUCCCACAAAGGAGCAUCCUUUCAUCUUUACAACAUUAAACAGUGUGAGCCGCGAAUCUGGAGUAUCGACCACUGCCGUCCCCAAAACAAAGGCACCCCGGCCCUUCUUUGUAAAAAUAAAAGGUUAACUUAAACUUUCAAGGCUUUUGU